UCCGUUUAGAUUCGUGCGUCUUGGGGAAAAGGAUAGAUCUUGCCAGAUAUCGAUUUGCACGGCUGUUAAAGAGUACACCGUGCAGCGGUUUAUCCGUCAUCCCAGGUUUGAUGAACACUCCUCGAAAAUGUUAAAUGAUAUUGCUCUAAUUAGACUGACCGAUUCAGUGGAAUAUACUGAUAACAUCCGACCGAUUUGCAUUAUCGUAGAUGACUCCGUACACUUUCCGGAAGACAUGUUUGUUAGAGCUUAUGGCUGGGGCUUAACAACGACCACCACAACGGAAUUGAGCGAUGUAAUUAAGACCAUCCGCUUAAGGCAAACACGACCGAGCGAAUGCUACGAUUCCCUUCAUGUGAACCUCACCGAUAGCCAGUUCUGCGCAGGAGCAUUCCUUGGAGGCGAUACCUGCAAUGGCGAUUCCGGUGGCCCCUUGGCGGCGGACUUCGAGUAUCAGGGGAAAACAAGCUAUGUGCAGAUUGGGAUCGUAAGCUACGGCUCUACAAAAUGUAAUACCAAAGGUGUUUACACAAGGGUAGAGAACUACCAGAAGUGGAUAGUGGAUACGGUGCAGAUGUACGAGGAGCGCCUUGUAUAUCCGGAUUGCGGGAGUGAAUGGCAUGGCGAUAUUGCUGUCCGUCUCUGGGAGAUGACUCUUCUUCAGCGCACUAUAAUAGGCACUCUGAUCAGUGACCGAUUUGUUCUGACUGUUGCUAGUGAUUUGCCCACAGAUGUGACUAAAAUAACCGUGCGAUCAAGAUACCAUACGGACGAAAUUCGUGUCCUUAAGAUCGACAAGCACCCCAAAUUCUCACCCUCGUCAAAAUCAAAAGAGAACAAUAUAGCUUUGCUUGAACUAGCUCAACCAGUGUUAAUCCAAGAUCUUGUGAAACCAAUCUGCCUCACAGUGAACUCAACUCCAUUGAAAACUUUAACGGCCCUUCUCUAUGCUGAUAAUAGGCGAAUUUUGGGCCUUCAAAGACAACAACUGGCCCGGAUCGAUAAUUCCGUUUGCUCCACAAAAACUGGAUUGCCGGUUGAACCAAAUCAGUUGUGUGUCGAGAAACCUAGCGGUUAUAGGUACGAUUUACCUGGUUCAGUAUUAGGUACUUAUAAGGAGGUUAACGGCGUCAAAAGGUAUCUACUGGUUGGCAUAAUUAGCCAUAUUAAGAACGGGGUGAUCGUCUUCACUAAUGUUCAAAGUUUUGAGGACUUUAUAAAAGAAAAAGUUGUAGGUGAAAGUAUGGCAGUAACCAGCACGUAUAAUCAGUGGACAAGCCCUAAACUUACAUAUCGCAAUCCGCCAGGAUCAAAAAAUAACAUAUAGAAUUAAUAUGAUUUUAUUACGGUUUUCCAAAACUCUUAGAUUCCGAAACAUUUACAGGCUCAUCUGUCGAAAGACAGAAAAUGUAAAAUUUUCUCAUUUAAGAAAAGUAAUAAAAAAGUUGUAUUGCA